AUGGCUGCCAACUUCUGGACUUCAUCUCACUGCAAACAGCUACUGGACCCAGAAGAGGUUGAUAUCGUGCCACCAAUCGAUAAGGAAAGAGGCAUAGGUGUAGAAGACUUUAAGCUCAUCAAACUCCACAUGGCCAAUUAUAUUGCAAAAUUAGCUCAGCAGGUAAAAGUUAGGCAAAGAGUUGUGGCUACAGCAAUUACAUACAUGAGACGCGUUUAUGUCGGGAGACCUAUGACUGAAUACGAUCCUCGUCUUGUCGCUCCAACUUGCUUGUACCUAGCAUCAAAAGCAGAAGAAAGCACUUUUCCAGCCAGACUUCUUGUGUUUUACAUCAAGAAAUUAUAUUCAGAUGAGAAGUACAGAUAUGAAGUUAAAGACAUACUCGAAAUGGAGAUGAAAGUUUUGGAAGCUCUAGAUUACUAUUUAGUCGUAUUCCAUCCUUAUCGGGCUCUGUCUCAGUUGCUGCAGGAUGCUUGCAUGAGUGAUACGACUCAAUUAACUUGGGGAAUUGUGAAUGACACCUACAAAAUGGAUCUGAUUCUCAUACAUCCUCCACAUCUCAUUGCCCUUGCCUGCAUAUACAUAGCAAGCGUGCUCAAAGAUAAAGAAAACACUGCCUGGUUUGAAGAGCUUCAAACUGAUAUGAAUCUGGUUAAAAACAUCGCCAUGGAGAUAUUGGAUUUCUAUGACGGCCACAAAAUGAUUACUGAUGAGAGGGUGAAUGCUGCCAUGAUGAAAUUGAGUAAAUAA